AUUUAAUUCAGAGAGAUACUCCUCCCCUCUCUAUCUGCUCAUCUCUCUCUCUAUAUAGAUAAACGAGAGAGAGAGAGAAAUAAAAUACUCAAAUCAGAAAGAGCAGAACAGUUUGUUUGUUUGUUAUUAAGGACUAAGGAAGAAGAUGAUGGGUUACUUGAGGUUGUUUGCGUUGCUUGUACUAGUAGCCGUUGUUUCUGCUUCAUCCAAAACAUUACCAAUCAUGUCCUUUGAUGAAGGAUACAACAAGCUCUUUGGGGACGACAAUCUGAUGAUUCGUAUGGAUGGGAAAUCCGUUCAUCUUACGUUAAACGAACGGACAGGGUCUGGAUUUGUUUCUCAGGACCUUUACAUUCAUGGGUUCUUCAGUGCCUCCAUUAAGUUGCCAACUGAUUAUACUGCCGGAAUUGUCGUCGCCUUUUAUAUGUCGAAUGGUGACAUGUUCCCCAAGAACCAUGACGAGAUCGAUUUCGAGUUUCUGGGGAAUAUAAGGGGUAAAGAAUGGAGGGUUCAGACCAACGUUUACGGCAAUGGAAGCACCGAGACUGGGAGAGAAGAGAGAUACAAUCUAUGGUUUGAUCCUUCUGAGGAUUACCAUCAGUACAGUAUUCUCUGGACUAACUCUCAAAUCAUAUUCUAUGUUGACAACAUUCCCAUUAGAGUGGUUAAGAAAUCAGAGUCAAUGGGUGGUGACUUUCCCUCAAAGCCAAUGUCAUUGUAUGCUACAAUAUGGGAUGGAUCCGGUUGGGCUACUGACGGAGGCAAAUACAGAGUCAACUACAAGUAUGCACCAUUCAAGGCUGAGUUCUCAGACCUUGUUCUACAUGGCUGUGCAGUUGAUCCAAUUGAACUGGUAUCAAGGAAAUGUGAUCAAACCCAAGGUUCUGAAUAUAUCCCUACCGGUGUCACCCGCCUACAAAGAAUGAGAAUGGAGAGUUUCAGGAAGAGGCUGAUGACAUACUCCUAUUGCUACGACAGAAUACGUUACAAGGUUGCGCCACCAGAGUGUGUGAUCAACCCCCACGAAGCUGAAAGACUCCGCGUGUUUGACCCCGUUACAUUCGGGCAUGGACACCGCCGUCAACGAAAACACCACCGCAGCAGCAGAGCAAGCCUAGCUAGUACUACUUCUGUUUGAGAACUAAGAGGUAGGGAUGAAGCAUUCAAUUUCUCAUAUGAGCACCAUUGGCAUUCAUCAACUUUUGUGUAUAGAGAGGAAGGGGGAGAAGAAGAAAACAAACAUAGAUUUCAUUGAGGGUGAAUAGAGUUUUUAUAUGGUUGGAGGGUAUGUAUAUAGUUCAUACCUUUAUUUUAGUUCCAGUUUUAUAAUAUUCAUGCUUGUCCUUUUGGUUUCAUAAAUUGAUUUUAGUGGUGGGUUUCUGUACUUUGUCACAACCUCGUGGGUACAAUAAAUUUUAGCAUAUGGAAGUUUACUAGG